AUGAAGCUUGAUACCAGUAAUAUGCGUUACAUGACGCCUGAUGACUUCCGUGUCCUUCAAGCGGUUGAACAGGGCACCAGAAAUCAUGAAGUGGUUCCCACCACAUUGAUCCACCAGCUCUCAGGAAUGAGAUCUUCCUCGGGAACAAACAGGUCGAUCGGGGAUCUUGCGAAGCUUAAACUAGUGUCAAGAAUGAGAAACAUAAAAUACGAUGGAUUUAGGCUCACAUACAACGGAUUCGACUAUCUAGGGCUUAAAUCCAUGUUGAACAGAGACACCAUUUAUUCCGUGGGAAACGUUAUUGGUGUUGGUAAAGAAUCAGACGUUUACAGAGUUAGCGGGAAAGAUGGCACUGCCAAAGUUUUGAAGAUUCAUCGGUUGGGACGUACGUCGUUCACCACUGUGAAAAAUAACCGUGACUACCUCAAACACAAUAAGUCAGGUAGUUGGAUGUAUCUGUCUCUUUUGGCUGCUACCAAGGAGCAUCAAUUUAUGUCACUUCUUUAUUCGAAGGGGUUUACCGUGCCAGAGCCUUUUGACAAUUCCCGCCACAUGGUUCUAAUGGAACUUAUCGACGGCUACCCUAUGAGAAGUAUGCGGAAGCAUAAAAACCUACCCAAACUUUACAGUGACCUGAUGCUUUUCAUCGUCAACCUUGCGAAUCACGGACUCAUUCACUGCGAUUUCAACGAGUUCAAUAUUAUGAUCAAAGAUUCUGUCCAAGACGCACAGGACUGUGGUUUUGUCGUGAUCGAUUUUCCCCAGUGUAUAUCGAUUCAGCAUCAAGAUGCAGAAUACUACUUCAAAAGAGACGUCGAUUGCAUACGUAGGUUUUUCAAGAAAAAACUGAAAUACGAACCUGUCCUUGACGAAUCGAUGGUUGAUUUAGACGGCUAUGGAGAUGGUUUCAAGUACGCGUAUCCAGACUUUAAUAGGGACGUAAAACGAAUUGACAACCUCGACGAGUUGGUCAUGGCUUCGGGUUUUAGCAAAAAGCAUCCAAGUGACAAGAGAUGGGAGGAAGCCGCGGAGAAGAUGAGAGAAGAGCUCAAUGAACAAAACGAUGGUGAAGACUCCGAUACCAACAGCCAAGGGGCGAAUGGCGAAUUAUCAGAUUACUCUGACGAAUCAGACUACUCUGAUUACGAUUCCACUGACGAAGGAUCUUCAGAUCAAGACGACCUCGAAGAAGAAAACGAGCGAAUUGUCGAGGCUCUUUCUAGUGGGGUAUCGAACUUGAAAAUGGACAAGUUAGGAAACUACGUUCUUGAAGAAUAA